AUGUCUCAUAUCAAUCCUUAUCGAUCUUCGAUGGGUCCCUGCAAGACCUCAGCUUUGCAAAUGGACUAUCGAGCGCCUUUCCUUAAUUUAAAGUCGCUGUGGUGCUUGGUCUCCGAGUCGCUUUCCGCUGUUCAGAUGGAUCCCAUCACCAGCGGUCUCACUGUUCUUCAGGUCAUUCAAACAGUAGCGCAAGCUUCAGCUUUUUUAUAUGGAUAUGUUGCUUCCGUCUGCAACGCCGACUCGUCCUGUCAGAGUCCGCUUAAUGAGCUCAGCGCAGUCGGUGGCGUCCUCACCACAGUUAUGGUAAUCGAGAAGGACGACUCUCUUCCACCCAAUCUCCGCCAUGCACUUUCAAAAUUGAUGGCCACAGACGGACCAGUUGCAAAUUUGCUGGUAGAACUGAAGAGCAUUCUGCCAAACGAACAGGCCCGGGAAAGCGGGAAAAUGAAGACGAUUUCCAGAUUGACGUGGCCAUUCAAGGAAAAAGCAGCAGGCGCAAUCAUCGAUAGAUUGAAAUCCUACUGUGACGAGAUCACACAUAUUUUAGCAAUCGACACAUGGAACACGCUCAAGGAAGUCAAACUUGAACUCCAGCAAGUCAGUCGGACACUCCAGGAGGGUAAUCGAGGAGUCGAGGAAUUUAGGAAGGAUUCUGCUGCUCAAAAGGUGCGCGAACAAGCCGAGGAACGUCGAAAGUUACUUGAAUGGAUGAACUCUCUGUCUUGUACUGAAAAGCACGCUGUCUCCUGUGGUCAGCGCAACCCCGGAACCCGUCGUUGGAUUUUCCAAAACGGUCAGUUUGUGGCUUGGAACAACUCAGAAGGCGCAUUCCUAUGCUUGAAUGGCCAGGCUGGCCACGGAAAGACGAUCCUUGCCUCGGCUGUCGUUGAGAUUGUUCAGCUGCUUCAACAAUCUAAAGAUGACUGGAUCACAAAGAUAGGCGAACAGCAAGAAUCCAACACGAAAGGGGACCUUGAUUCUCUGCGAAACCUCUGGCAGCAAAAACGUGAUGCAAAGCCGUGUCCUGUAGAUCUGGGAUUUCUACGAAAGCUUCUUGUUGAAGUGUCUACGCUAGCUCACCGACCAGUCCUCGUGAUUGACGCCUUGGACCAAUGUAAGGACUACCCCGACCUGGUCGGACGUCUUGUAAACCUUGCCGAAGAUGCUCGACUACGACUUUUCGUCGCCGGUAGAAGCGAGCCAGACAUUCAAGACGCCUUUCGUGAUCUCCCCACCUUGUCGUUGAAGGACAGUACAGAACAGCGUUUGUCACGUCUAUCCGACGCGCUGAAGAAGACAGUCUUGGAGAAAUUGUUAGAAAAGGCUGAGGGCAUGUUUCGCUGGGUUCAGUGUCAACUGGACGUCAGCAUAACGUGUAAAAGACCCGACAGUAUUCGGAAAGCCCUCGACGACCUUCCAGCAGGACUAUAUGAAACGUAUGACAGGACCAUUGCCCAGCGUUGCUUACUUUUGCUGGCUGGCGCAUUCACCCCUUUGACGCUUGACCAGCUCAACGAAGCGAUGACGAUCGAGGUUGGGCGGCCGAGUCUCAAUGAGGACCUUGGCGUUACGGACAUCAUGGAUAUCGUGGCCGCGUGCGGAAGCCUUGUGACCUACAACGAGAGGACUAGGAUCAUCGCUCUAUCCCAUUAUAGUGUCAAAGAAUACUUGAUCAGUCGCCCUAAUAAGAUCCUCAAAUCGAUCUCAGACAUGCACGCACGCAUCUGCGAGCUCUUGAUAAUGUAUGUGUUAUGCGACUUUGUGGAUGAGAUAUGCGCAGAAGGCACACAUCCGGCAUUGCGACAUCGGCUUUCUGCAAGCCGUGCUGAUGUUCAAGUUGCGGAUGUCAGCAAAGACCAUCCGUUGCUAAGCUAUGCAAUUCUAGGAUGGAAGGACCUUGGACAUGUGUCGGAUGAGGAACCUUGCGUUAUGGAUGCCCUGUCACGGCUGAACUCAGAGUUAACAUCAAAAAACAUCGUGUACUUGCAAAUCAAAACGUGGCUGAGUGCUGCUAUGAUCGAAUUCACCGUCAAGCAGCGCCCCCAUCUACUGGACGCGGAUACUGUCCCUGGUUGGGGUUCUCCCUUGAUUUUCGCCAUAGCCAAGAACCCCGACUGCCUCAGUGUUCUCCUGAAGGUGGGCGUCGAUCUCAACAAGCUUUCUUCCUUCGAACCUUAUUUGUGUCACCAAUACAUUAGUGGCUCCCAUGCUCCAAUUUCGUGGGCAGCUGUGACUGGAAGCGAAGUCGCCGUGGAUUUCCUGCUGUCACAAUUGAAGGUCGACCUACCAAGCAACAUUCUGUGCAUGGCUGUUAGGGCGACAACGCCAUCGCAUGAAUCAAUCCGCAAAUUUCGUCAACGUGGUGCAGAUGUGAAUUUCACUGUCGCUAUUUUCACCCCUCUCCAUUAUCUCAUUUCGUUUGACCCCAAUCGGUUAUUCCACCAGUUGCUACCUGUCGUAAAAGCGCUCGUUGAACCAUUUUGUAAUCUUUCUCUGCAGGACCGUACUGCCAGAACAGUACUACACGUUACUCGUGAUGGACGUCUGGAACAUAUUGUCACAUACCUUCUCGAGCGAAACGCAGGGCUGUCAGCAAUGGCAGCUCUCCUUCUAGACAAAUGGAGCUAG